AUGCGUUACAUAUUUUAUGUGCUGUGGAUGUGUCUCGCGGCGUUAAGUGUUUUCGCAGCAGAAGUUGAGCAGUUGGAGCCAGCAAGUAAAGCAGAAGAAUUGCUUUCCGUGGACGCAGGAGUCCAACACAGCGAGGAAAACGCGCGCUCUGUGCGGCAGUUCGGUGGUGGAUUCGGAGGGCCAGGUGGCUUUGGACAAGGGGGCUUUGGCCAAGGUGGUGGAUUCGGAGGGCAGGGUGGCUUUGGGCAAGGGGGCUUUGGCCAAGGUGGUGGAUUCGGAGGGCCAGGUGGCUUUGGGCAAGGCGGAUUUGGCCAAGGUGGAGGAGGUGGCUUUGGUGGACCUGGAUUCGGAGGUGGUUUUUGA